UAAACCAACACUGAUUAGAUUUUACUUAUAUUUCAACCUAAUUUCAGAUUAUCAAGAUUUUCUUCCCCCGAGAAUCGGAGAGUUAAACACGAGUUAAAUCUGACUAGAAUCAUCACUGGUCAAAUUUUACUUACCUCGAGACCUAAUUUUAGAUUAUCAUAAUUCUUUUACCCUGAAAACAGAGAGUUAAGACCAAAAGUAAAAGUAAUAGCAUUAAACCUACCUACUUACAUGAUUGUUUACACACAAAAAGUACAUUAACAAAUCUUACCAAUCUUAGUUACUUCCUUUAGUUUAUGUUUUUUUUUCAAAAAGGAACUGACAAUUCCUACUAAACAAAGAGUGCAAAAGUGAACCAUUCAAAUUUGAUUCCCUUUUCUUGAUUUUAAAUCAAUAAUUUACCCUUUUGUAUUUUUUAUCAUAUUUAGUUUUUUAUGAAUUGGCUUGCCGCCAAGCCAUAAAGGGUCAAAGAAAAUAGGACUCUUGUUUUUUUGCUUUUGUCACUUUUAAUAGAAUUUUGAAAUAUGAAUAAAAACUUUUUCAUAUGAUGAAUUAAUGAUGGUGAUUAAGCUUUAAUAUAGAGCACUUUAAGAAAGUUUUGCUUGAAACUAACUUAAAGAAAAAAGCUAAAAGUUGAAUAAAAAGUUACUUACAUUUAUAUAAACUGUUUCAUCAAAGUUUUUUAUUUCAGAAUUUAUCUCAACCAUGAAGUUCCAAAGCAAUGAGAUUCUCAAUGGAAAGUACUCGGCAAGAAACACAACCAAAAGUGCUUUUCUCAUACCAUUCACUCUUCUUCUCAUCAUGUUUCCUAUUAUUCUCAUGAGAAACACAGAAGAAUCAUCACCAUCAUCAUCGUUGUCGCCGUCGUCUCCGAACAUGUCUUCUGUCAGAAACAUGAACAACAGAACAGAAACAAAAGGAUGUGACAUCUUUUCUGGUAACUGGAUUCCUUAUUCUGAGGAACCUUAUUACAAUAACGUAACAUGCAAAUGGAUGAUAGAUGAACAAAACUGCAUGAAAUUCGGUAGACCUGAUGAAGAGUAUCUUCAUUGGAGAUGGAAGCCGGACGAAUGCGAGCUUCCACUCUUUAAUGCAACUCAAUUCUUAGAGCUUGUCAGUGGUAAGAAAAUGGUUUUUGUUGGAGAUUCUGUUGGAAGAAAUCAGUUGCAAUCUUUGUUGUGCCUCCUAAGUCAAGUGUCUGAACCGGAAGACGUUUCUCAUAAAUACACAUCAGAUGUCAUAUAUUUCAGACGGUAUUUCUUCCCCGAUUAUAAUUUCACCCUUGGAAAUCUAUGGUCGCCAUAUUUUGUGAGAUCAAGUGAUGCUGAUAAAAAAGGCCAUUCAUACAACAACAUCAUGAAACUAUAUGUAGAUGAGGUAGAUGAAGCAUGGUCAAGUCAAGUUGAAAACUUUGACAUAGUAAUAAUCUCAGCAGGACAUUGGUUUUUUAGACCUUUAAUGUACUAUGAAAAGGGUCAACUUGUUGGAUGCAACAAAUGUGGAAUAGAGAAUGUAACAGAUCUUGCUCACUACUAUGGUUACAAAAUGGCAUUUAGGACAGCAUUUAGAACCUUAACAAGUCUUGAAAAUUUUAAGGGUGUGACAUAUUUUAGGACAUUUUCUCCAUCACAUUUUGAGAAUGGAGAUUGGAACAAAGGAGGGAAUUGUGUGAGGACAAAGCCAUUUAGCAAGGAAGAAAUGAAGUUAAAUGGUUACUUUCUAGAGACAUACAUGACACAAGUGAAUGAAUUUAAAGUAGCACAAGAGGUAGCAUCAAAGAAGGGAUUGAAGUUUUUGAUGCUAAAUACAACUGAAAUUAUGUUGUUGAGACCUGAUGGACACCCUAAUGAUUAUGGACAUUCUAAGAACACAAAUGUUACAUAUUACAAUGAUUGUGUUCAUUGGUGUUUGCCUGGACCUGUCGACACAUGGAAUGAGUUUUUGCUAUAUAUGUUGAAUAUAGAAAGCAACUCAUCUUAUGACUCAAAGUUAGAGAGUGUUGUUUUAUGAACAUAAGAUUUAUCUGAUUCACGGGAGUAUUUAUUUUUUGGAAAUUUAUUUUUGUAAAUCAAUUAUUCUCUACACGCAAUUGAAGAGACCGAUUCCUCAAUGCAGAUAAGACCAUAAUGAGUGUCGAAGUUCUCCCUCUAGAGUUUUAAUGUUAUUGCAUUUCCCAGUACUAGAUUUGAACACAAAACUUUGUUUGCAAAGUAACUUUUACUUGUAUUUACAAAAAGGGUAGGGAAAUUGUGUAAGAGAUUGAUGAAUGUAUUUAUUCACUAUAUAGAUAAUAACAUGCAGAGUGGACAUGCAAAGUGAUUUGUGAAUUUUUGUAAUAUAUUUAGUGGAAUGUCUUGAUUAUCAAAUUGGUUAAUAUCCUA